GAUGCUGAGCCAGGCCUAACGCCAACUUGAGACCCAAAUCAGGUGCGGCCAUUUCUAACUCUUUUGAUAUGCAUUCCCUCUGAUAUGAUUCACACUCUUGGCGCCCACCGCCUCUUAUACCGUUCUCGCAUAGCCUACUUUGUCAAAGCUGGUCUCAUCGAUCAAGCCAUCCAAGUGUUCGACGAAAUGACUCAAUCACAAUGCCGAGUUUUUAGCAUUGAUUACAAUCGAUUUAUUGGUGUACUGGCCCGCCAUUCGCGUCUCGAUUUAGCUGAGCAUUAUUAUAACAAAAUGGUCCCUCAGGGGUUUUCUCUAAACCCCUUUACUUACUCUAGGCUCAUUUCUGCUCUUUGUGUGGUUAAGAAUUUUUUUCUUAUUGAGAAACUUUUGGAAGACAUGGAUAAGCUUGGUCAUGUUCCUGAUAUUUGGGCUUUUAAUAUAUACUUGAAUGUUUUGUGUGGAGAAAACCAGGUGGACUUUGCGUUGAAAGUUUUCCAUUGUAUGGUUCAGAAGGGUAGAGAGCCUGAUACUGUUACUUAUACUAUACUCAUUGAUGGGUUGUGUAAAGCUAGGAAAUUUGAUGCUGCUGUGGUAGUUUGGCGUACUAUGAUAAGUACAGGGCUUACCCCUGAUUGUAUUGCUUGUACGGCUCUUGUCAUUGGUUUGUGUGAUGGUGGGAAAGUUGAUUUGGCUUAUGAACUUAGUAUUGGUGAAUUCAAAGGUCGAGUUGAGUUUAACCGUUUGAUAUAUAAUUCACUAAUUAGUGGGUUUUGUCGAGUUGGUAGGAUUGAUAAGGCUCAGGCAAUCAAGGAUUUUAUGAAGAGAAGUGGGUGUGAGCCAGAUUUGGUUACUUAUAAUGUUUUGUUGAAUUAUUGUUGUGAUGGGUUGAUGUUAGAUGAGGCUGAGAAAUUGAUGAAGAAAAUGGAGAGUGAUGGAAUGACACCUGAUUCUUAUAGCUAUAACAAGCUUCUCAAGGGUCUUUGCAAAGCUAAUCGGCCCGAAAAGGCUUAUUUGCUAAUGAAUAGUAGGAUGGAGAAGAAAAUGUUAUGUAAUGUUGUUUCUUAUAAUACUAUUAUUGGAGCGUUUUGCAAGGCUCGUCUUACUAGAAGGGCAUACAAGCUUUUUCAGGAAAUGAGCCAGAAGGGAAUUGAACCAGAUGUUGUAACAUUCACAAUUCUUAUAAAAGCGUUUCUUAGCGAAGGUAGUUCUGAUGUAGCUAAAAUGCUUCUUGAUCAGUUGAUGAGAAUGAGUCUCUCACUAGAUUGCAUAUUUUACACUGCAAUAGUGGAUCAACUAUGUAAGGCAAAGAAGAUUGAGAUGGCUCUUAGCGUUUUCAGUGACAUGGUUGAAAGAGGAGUCACUCCUGAUGUGAUUUCAUACAAUGCCCUUAUAAAUGGGCUUUGCAAAGUUUCUAGAGUUAGCGAAGCUGUGUGUCUAUACAAUGAAAUGCAAUCUAAAGGAUUAUGUCCAGAUGAAGUGACUUUCAAAUUGAUAAUAGGAGGUCUCAUUCGGGAAAAGAAGCUACGUGAGGCAUGUAGUGUAUGGGAUCAGAUGAUGGAGAAGGGCUUUACUCUUGGAGCAGCUGUUUCUCAGACUUUAAUUAAUGCUAUUAAUUCAAUGGAUGCUGAGUGAACUUGCAAAAUGGUUUCUACCUGCAUAUUGUCCCUCUCAGAAAAGAGAUUUGCUGCAUACCAACUGUUUUCUGCUAAUGGUAUGCUCUGAGCAAGUUAAAGCGAUCCUAAUAAGAUCUUCAACAUUGUUUUCUGAUUGAUCGAUAAUGCUUCUGUCUGUAUGAAAUACAGGAAAGAACAUUUGGCAGCUUUGACUAAAAGUUCCUGAAGAUCACGACUCUUAAUUCUUGUAUGGUCUAUCUUUGUGUCCUUCCAAAGAUUGUAAAUUUAUUCAACUGUAACGUGUGAAAGUAUUUUAACCUCUUGUGUCCCCUUAUGUCUGUGUUGGUUUGAAGUACUGGUAUCACCCACGGAUGGCUGAAGCUGAAGAAUGCUGCCUUUGGGAAAACAGAAUGUGAAGGAACUUAGUUACUUCAUCCAAAUGGGAAAAGGCAAGUAAGAGGAAAUGAAGGGAAUAUUUUUGUUCACGUUCAUUGAUUCCCUGAUCUACUUCAAGAAUGAAGAUAAUUUUGAAUCUCGCGUUGGAACGAAGAUAUCCACGAGCUCGGUAGCAUCAGAGCCUAAUUGCAGAUGUUAUAGAAGAGAUGCCCUAACCAUUUUAAGGGCUAAAAUUGACUUGGCAUGGUUCAGUCCAUUACACAAUGAAGCUGUGCUGUGAGCUUUUGUUUAGUUAGAAAGUGGAAAUCUCCUGUACAUUGAAUGAUUUAUUUGAAAUCCAUAUUGAGUAUCUUGUACCCUUUUACACAUACUAGGUAGAGAAAGUGGCAUUGUGUUGUAUAAUAUAUUUUUCUUGUUCUUCUUCAUAAUUUGAAUGUAACACUAGAUUAUGUAUACAAUUAAAUCUAGUUUAUACCCUUUACAAAUCAAUAUUAUAGGAAGAAAGCAAUUA